GCGGGUCACCAACAGCUGCGGGUAUAUAAAGGCCGACACUCUCAACAACCGGCAUAGUUGAAUUCGAAACUGCAAACAUAUCAAAGCGUUGAAUAAGCGCACACAAUCUAUAAUACCAAAGCUAGAGAAGCCACCGUUCUUGCAAAAGAUACCGUGUUUUAAAUACCGUUUAUAAGUGAAAGUACAGAAAUACAAUCACAUCAAAUUUAGAAUGGCGAACCUACCAUUGCUCUUGAGUUUGGCUGACGACUUAAGCCGCCUCACACCUUUCUACGAACCGGUGUUCUACACACACUGGCCCGCGAUCACCACUUCGCCUAGUGGUCAAUUAAGGAAAUUCGAAAGAGAUCUGCCUAUUGCCUCAGUGGGAAAAGAUGGUUUUCAAGCCAGUAUGGAUGUGCAGCAGUUUAAGCCAAGUGAGCUCAGCGUUAAAGUAGUUGACAACCACGUCGUGGUGGAGGGUAAACACGAGGAGCGGGCAGAUGAUCAUGGUUAUAUAUCACGUCAUUUCGUUCGUCGCUAUGCACUGCCCAAAGGCUUCGAUGCUGGUAAAGUAGUUUCAACUCUAUCAUCGGAUGGCGUGCUAACGGUCAGUGUACCAAAACCUGCCAUAGAGGACAAGUCCAACGAACGAGUGAUUCAAAUUCAACAGACUGGUCCGGCACACUUGAACGUGAAGGAAAAUCCAAAAGACAGCACCGCAGAAGAGAAACCAAAGGCAUCAAAACUUUGAUUUCCAAAAUGUAUUAUGAACUGAUUGAAAAUUAUUAAAUUAUUCAAUUGUUGAGAAAA